GCUGCAGCUCUGGUUUAACUCGGACUGUAUUGCGCUGCGCACACAGCUGAUCACGUGACUGCUCCAACAAUUUACAAACACAACCCGAUGAUUCAUUUUGACGGAUAAUAUAUUAAAAGCGUCAGAAAAUGCUGUUAGUUUUAUCUGAAGAGCACAAGGAGCAUUUAGGAUUCUUGUCAGAAGUGGAUGCCUCGGUUGUUGGUGAAUUCGGCAGAAUCGCUGUGGAGUUUCUGAAAAAAGGCUCGAAUCCUAAAAUAUUCGAGGGAGCUGCACGGAAGCUGAAUGUGUCGUCAGAGAGCGUGCAGCACGGCGUGGAGGGCUUGAUGUAUCUCCUCACUGAGAGCUCCAAGCUAAUGAUCUCGGAGGUGGAUUUCCAGGACUCUGUGCUGGUGCUGGGAUUCUCAGAGGAGCUCAAUGAACUUCUGCUCCAGCUGUAUUUAGAGAACAGGAAGGAGAUCCGACAGAUUCUCGGCAAACUCGCCCCCAGCCUCCCUCAUUACCACAACCUGGAGUGGAGGCUGGAUGUUCAGUUGGCGAGCCGGGCGCUCCGACAGCAGGUGAAGCCCACGGUGACGCUGAAGCUCCACCUGGAGGACGGUGCGAAGCGCAGAGCCCACGUCCUGCAGACGGACCCCGCCACACUGCAGCAUCUCAUCCACGAGCUGGAGCGAGCGCUCGGAGAGCUCAAGAGCAACCACUGUCGCCGCAUCCUCCGCAACAUCAAAUAGAG